AUGAACACCAAGCAAUCGUUCACAAUCGGCUGGAUCGCCUACACGGCCGCCUUCGGCAUCGGCGGCGGGCUGGGCAUUUACAAGUACUGGUAUGCGCCAGGCGGUCGCAAGGAGCGUGAAGCGGCGGCGGACCUGCGUCGCGCGGAGGAAGCCGCUCGCGAGGCGGAGGAGGAGCAGCGCAUUCGCGAGGAGCGAAGAAGAGCCAAAGAGUCCCCCACCGCCCCGGCCGGUCAGACUUGA